AUCAUUCAUUCUUGCGCCACCAUUUGCAACAAAAAUGCCUUCCCGUCUUUGCAGUACGUGCGAAAAGGCAAGAGCAGUCCUCAGAAGACCAAAGACUGGGGAGCUGGUAUGCAGAGAAUGCUUUUAUUACAUCUUUGAAGAAGAAGUUCAUCAAACCAUCAUCAAUUCAAGAUUAUUCAAAAAAGGUGAAAAGGUGGCAAUUGGUGCUUCUGGAGGAAAGGAUUCAACUGUGUUAGCACAUGUUAUCAAAACACUCAACGACAGAUAUUCGUAUGGAUUGGAUCUAUUCUUAUUGAGUAUCGACGAAGGUAUUACAGGAUACCGAGAUGAUUCAUUAGAAACGGUCAAGAGAAAUAAAGUGCAAUACAGUCUACCGCUCAAAGUGCUCGGCUAUGAUGAAUUGUAUGGAUGGACGAUGGACGAGAUUGUCAAACAGGUAGGCACACGAAACAAUUGUACUUUCUGCGGUGUCUUUCGUCGACAAGCAUUAGAUAGAGGAGCAGCAGCUUUAGAGGUCGAUCACAUCAUCACCGGACACAAUGCAGACGAUAUGGCCGAGACUGUAUUAAUGAACAUCUUACGAGGAGACAUAGCCAGAUUGGAAAGAUGCACGGAGAUAUGUACGCAAGGGCCAGAACAACCAGCUGAGGAAGAUCAAGGAUGCGGUGAUGCACAGGCAAACGAUUUGGGAGGAACAGGAAUCAAACGGAGCAAGCCAUUCAAGUACGCCUACGAAAAGGAGAUCGUCAUGUAUGCCCAUUACAAAAAGUUGGAUUACUUCAGUACGGAGUGCAUCUACCAUCCAAACGCAUACCGUGCAUAUGCUCGUGAAUAUCUUCGUGAAUUGGAAUUGAUUCGUCCAAGUGCGGUGAUCGAUAUCAUUCAUUCGGGAGAGGCUCUUUGCGUUGGUCAACAAGUGAAACGAGUAAAACAAAUGUCAUGCAAACGAUGCGGAUAUAUGUCUUCUAAUGAACUAUGCAAAGCAUGUUUACUAUUAGAAGGGUUGAACAGAGGAACUCCAUCUUUGGGAAUCCAUUCAGGCAAGUCCAAAAUAGCACGAGAAGCCCGUGCAAAUGACUCUGGGCCUAAUGAUGAGAGCAACAUUGGACGAACGAUUCCUAAGUUUAGUAGAAAGAAUGCCGAUGUGACUUCAUCAACAAGUUCCAAUCCCACUGCAAAUGCACAACCUCAAAUCGCCAUUUCAGCUGAAUAGUUCUUGUAUUUUUGUUUUGUAUUUGUAUACCUCUGUCCUUCUGCUUCAUUCUAUAGAAUGCCAAUUGUAAUAUUACACAUUGUGAUCGCAAUCAUCCAUAACUUUGAUUCCAAU